GCAUUCAAAACAUUUUGAUUUAUUGUCAGUUAGGAUACAUAUUGUUAAACAAUAUGGCUAAAGGUCGAAAGCAUUCUGCUGCAGGACAGGGAUCAAGAGCAACAUCAGCCAGUGUAUCAUCAGCGAAAGGUAAAAAGAAAAAAGAUGAAAAGGAACCAGAAGCAUCUAAGCAAGAAGAAGAACAAGAAGCUCAAGCUGCCGAAGCAGAGUUAGAAAAUAUUGAAACAAAAUCAGUUGCUGAAAGCGACAGUGGAAAAGCUUGCGGAGACAUGUCAGGAAAUGUUGAAGUGGUCGAUCCAGAUGACGGUCAGGACUAUCUUGAACCAUCAUUGACUGAAAUUAUUGUUACCCAUUAUGAAGGUGAUCGUGGCCGUGGCGGGAUUUACGAUGGUUACGGGGAGGCUCAAUUUGUUAGUGGUAAUGUUUUCAAGGGAAAUUUUGAUAAAGGACACAUGCAUGGUAAAGGAUCUUACAUAUGGAGCAAUGGAAUGAAAUAUGAAGGAGAUUUCUGUAACAAUCGUAUCACAGGUUAUGGAACUUAUAAAUGGCCUGAUGGUAGUGUAUAUGAAGGUGAAGUCUCGAAUGGAUUUCGUCAUGGCGUUGGUGUUUUCAGAUCUCCCCAGCAAGGUGUGUCAUAUUCGGGCCAGUGGUAUCUUGGAAAACGACAUGGAAGAGGGAUAAUGAAUUACAGUGAGCAAUCUUGGUAUGAAGGAGAUUGGGUUAAUAAUGCAAGGCAUGGGUUUGGUGUUCGUCGAUAUAGAACUGGCAAUGUUUUCGAAGGUCGCUGGACAAAUGACAAGCGCCAUGGCGAAGGAACAAUGCGGUGGCUUGCAACAAAUGAAACAUAUCGUGGCAUGUGGGAGAAUGGCGUUCAACAUGGCUAUGGUACUCACACCUGGUAUCUUCAACGUGUUCCUGGCUCACAGUACCCACUCAGAAAUGAAUAUAUAGGGGAUUUUAUAAAUGGACUUCGGCACGGAAGAGGAAAAUUCUUUUAUGCCAGUGGAGCUGUCUAUGAUGGAGAGUGGGAAAACGGCAAAAAGAGUGGUUGGGGUAAAUUCAUUUUUAAAAAUGGACGAGUGUUUGAGGGACAGUUUGACAAUGACCACAUGGUUGAUUAUCCAACUUUUGAGAUUAGUGGCUCAAAGACCCCCGAUCUGGCACAGAUUCGUACUCGCACUCCUGUUGGUUGGGAAGAACAAGAUGUUUGUAGUGAUAGUCUGGAAGGCAGUGGUGCCCAGACACUUGGUCCAGGGUUAACUUUGGACAUUGAUACUCUUUUGGAAGAAUUUCCAGAAGAAGAAAGAGCUGAAGAGCUCAAGCAAGUCAGCCAUCUUGUCCUUCGAAACAUCACAAUAUUCCGUCGAGUUUACAGCUUUUAUAGUGCUUUGGGCCAUGAUCGAUCAUUGGAUAACACAUUUGUCAUGACGAGAUUUCAAUUUUGGCGUUUUCUCAAAGAUUGCAAGAUUCAUCAUCGCCAGAAAUCUCUUUCGUGGAUGGAUAGAGCCAUAGCUCGAUGUCACGCAGCAGAAGAUAUUCACAAUCCCAUGGAAAAGGUCCUAAUGCGGGAAUUUUUGAGCAACAUCGUCAUUUUGUCUCAUUUUAUUUUUAAAGAUGAAGUUACCAAACCUGCAAUUAAGCAAAGUCCUAACCAAAAGAAUGCUCCGAAUUCAUUGAUUCUUGCACAGUGUCUACAACAACUUAUAACACACCACGUUACCAAGUAUUCUUGCAUUGUCAAAGGAUUUUUCAUGUUUGAACCGCGACGUGCCAUCACCGCCCUCAACUAUAUGGACAAGAGUUGGCAGAUAUAUCUCAUAAUUGCCAAUCCUAAUCCAAAUCCUCCACACGAUAUCAUCAUGAAGAUGCGACAAUUUCUGUUCACUUUACGAGAUUUAAAAAUCGUCGGGAAGCGAUUGCCGGCAGCAACGGCUCUGAAAGUCAUGUCGCAAGACGACCCAGCCGUUUACGCCGAUGAUGCCUGUAAUUUGGAACUAGAAAUGACGUUUUUGGAAUUCUUUGAAGCGCUCAUUGGCUGUGCUUUAUACAUGUACGAUGCCGUAGAAGAAGAUGAACCGACCGCCGCACAAUCACAAGUGUUACAUCAAACCCAGUCCAGGCGAGGAUCAACUCCAUCGGAUAUUCUUUCCCAUCACCCGGACGAAAGUCGUUUGGGAUCGCCCACACGAUCACAAUCAGUUCUCUCACACGCGACGCAAGAUGCUUCAAUGCAGCAGCUUCACCAAAAGUCUUCAACAUCACAAGUAAAAGCAUCUACUAUAGAUAUCAACCCCAUAGACAGUGGAUUAGCGAGCAAGGAAUCAAUAGCAAAAGUAACUGGUGGCGCAAGCUCGGGCGGCUUCCUUCAAACACUUUCUCAGUUAACAGUAAAAGAACAAGACGAAGCGACAACGAUCGCUGAUGAAAACGAAUCAGAAUAUCAAGAUCCAACUGCGAGAAACACAGAAGUUAAUAUAAGCCAGGAAGAUCGUGAAUACAGUACAUGGGCGGAAAAGCUACACUAUUUCUUCACAGUUUUAUUAUUCCCUGCUUGGGAUAAAAUGGCCGCCUUGAAGACCGAAGUGGUUAGAUUUCGUAAAGAACAACAAGAAAAAGAGAGAAUAGAAGCAAUACAAAAAGAAGCAGAACGGCGAACGCAAAGCUUUCAUGCUUUGGAAAAAGUACCCAGCGAUGAAGACAUUGCAGCAGAAAGACAAGACGAAGAAGAAAUAUUGGGAGACGAAGAAUCACAAAUCGUUGGAACUUUAUCAACGGCCCCGACACCACCACCGGAGGCCACUAAGUCAUCUAGUAGCGUAAAAGGAAAAAGUGGAAAGGGCGCCAAAAAGAAAAAGUGAAUUUUGCAAACAACUGUGCAUUUGACUUUGUCGUAUUUCUGUAAUAUAUUAACGCAUUUGUAUAUUUGGCUAAGGAAUGGUUUAUUUCGUAUUUUUAAAAUCUUUCACGCCUCUUCUAACGUUUUAAUUUUUGCCAUGUCCAUUUUCGACUUCGUGAGUUUGGAGUGUAAAACAUACUCAACUAUAUUGGUCUAAAAAAUGAAAAUAUUGAAAACAUUUGCUGUCCUGUAAUUCUUAUUCAACGUUUUUGUAUCUAUAUUUUAUUAAAGAGGAUAUAUUUUUAUAUACUUCAUUGUAGCUUUUCGCAUAAAUUAAAUUUUUAAAACAAAGUUAGCACUUAUUAUCCACUGUAUAGAACAAGAGUAAUUACAA